UCCUCCCCACGCACGUUUCCACUUCCUCCGUCCCCUUCCCCUCCCCCUCCCCCACCUCACCAAGGCUCCUCCUCGCCGUCCCACCCACCAACCAAACCCUACUAACCGCGCGCGCGAGAGAGAGGGAGGCGGGCGCGACUCUGCCCGCCAUGGCCGGCGCCCCCCCGACGGCCGCGGAGAGGGAGUCCCUCGUCUCCUCCUUCCUCGAGAUCGCCGCCGGCCAGACGCCCGAGACGGCCGCCCAGUUCCUCCAGAUGACGAGCUGGCAUCUGGAGGAGGCGCUGCAGCUGUUCUACAUCAACGGCGAGGCCGCCCUGGCGGCGCAUGCUGCCCCGUCGCCGGCGGCGGCGGCUGCUGCUGCGGCGGAAGCGGCGGCGGCGGCGGUGGCAGCAGCCGCUGAGGUGGAGGACGCGAUGAGGUUCGCUCCACCCCCGGCGGCUGCACUGGGUGAUGCAAUGGGUGAUGGAAUGCUGCAGGGACUUGAGGAGGAGGAUGUGCGUGCACCGCUGCCUGUGAAGCGGGAGACUCUCUAUGGCGAUGCCCCUGCGGUCGUCCAUCGGCCUAAUUCAACAGUUGCAUUUCGUAAUUUUGAAGAGGAGGCAAGGCAAUCUGCUGUUUGGGAUUCUGAGCAGAAUGCUGCAUCAAGUUCUCGUGAUAAUCUGGCUGCAUUGUAUCGUCCACCUUUUGCUUUGAUGUUCAAUGGACCCUUCGACAAGGCAAAGUUGGAGGCUUCCGUUCUUGACAAGUGGCUACUAAUCAAUUUACAAUCAACUGAGGAAUUCAGCUCUCAUAUGCUUAAUCGAGACACUUGGGCUAAUGAAGCUGUGGCUCAGACAAUUCGAUCGAACUUUAUUUUCUGGCAGGUUUACCACGACACAAGUGAGGGGAGAAAGGUAUGCACCUACUACAAUUUGGUCUCUGUUCCUGCUGUUCUUCUAAUUGACCCCAUCACUGGGCAAAAAAUGCGUGGUUGGAAUGGAAUGGUUCACCCAGACCGUUUGCUGGAGGAUUUGAUGCCUUACCUGGAUAAAGGUCCAAAGGAGCACCAUGCUGCUCAACCACAAAAACGGCCAAGAAAAGUUGAUCAUGAAACUUCUGCAGGCAAACAAGGUAAAACCCCUGUACCUGUGGCCGUAGAGGAUGAAGAUGAAGAGCUAGCACGGGCAGUGGCAGCUUCCCUUGAGGAAAGUAAAGGAGUUGAUGGUUCUGACGCUACUGAUGAAAAGACUGAACCGGAGGUAGAAAAUGAGCCUAGCCUAAGUGUUAAGCUGAACUAUCCUCCUCUCCCUGAAGAACCCAAAGGAAGUAGGGAGCUUCUGUGCAGAGUUGCAAUUCGACUACCUGAUGGUAGGAGGAUCCAGAGGAAUUUUCUUCACACGGAUCCUGUUAAGCUCCUGUGGUCAUUCUGCUAUCCUCAAGUGGAGGACGGCGGUAAGAAGGCUUUCCAUUUCGUACAGUUUAUUCCUGGGUCAUCCAAAAACCUGGACUACGAGAGUGAUAAAACGUUCAAGGAAGCCGGGUUGGCCAACUCGAUGAUCAACCUUUUGUGGGAUUAAGCCUACUUCAUCAACUUAUGUUAUUCCUUUAUGGGCUUCUGGUCAAGAACUCAAGAUGAUGAUCGAGUUAUUUCUGCGAGGGCGUAGUUUAUUGCCCUCUUAUUUUUUUCCCCCUUGGUGUUGCUUGGAGCCAAAUGACAAAUCUGGUAGCAGUUCUUCUUUGGUGUGCAAAUGCCCAUAUUCCUUUUGUAGUCGUUCCUAUGUUUAUAGAACUCGGAGUAGGAUUUACCAGUUCCUAUUUAAUGCAUAUAUAUUAUAGUCCAGCCAGGUACUAAACAGAUGCUGAUAAAUCUGGUUCUUCCUCUUUGGGUCUUUGUCAAAUGCUGAAACAGACGGUUACCACUAACUAAUGGUUCCAGUGGUAAUCCUUGAGCUUUACCUGGACGGGUGCAUCUUACUUUAUGGGAAAAGACAAGGGUGUCAUGGUUUUUGGUUGGUAGUUUGGUACUCUUGAGUUCUGUUUCCUUCAGGCAGAGGGCUCCAGUUAAUUGUGCCGAAGUAGUACUACUCUUCAUGAUCAGAGCU